UGACGCAACUGGUAGUAGGUAGUAGUGGUGCCGUGUUCUCCCGUUCGCUACAUCUAUUCCGUAAGAUAUUUCAGUCCAUUUGACACGUUGGACGUUUCUGUUCCUGAGGAUCAUCGCGUAUGUGUAAACGUACAAAUUUAGAGUAGCAAGCAGCACGCGGUUGCUACUUAUCCGCAUGUACAUGUUUUCAUAUGGAAGAAAAUAAAUACAAAGUAGAUACAUUAUGUUUGCGGCGUCGACAUACGUAUCUACAGGGCCAGUGGAAGUACCGAAGGCACUCCAAGAAGGAGAGAAGUUCAUCAAAUGGGAUGAUGAUUCCGGUACAGGUACACCCGUCACUAUGCGUAUUGAUUCCAAAGGAUUCUAUUUAUAUUGGAUCGACCAAAACAACGAAAUGGACAUACUUGAUAUAGCAACGAUACGGGACACGCGUACGGGACCAUUUGCUAAAAAACCAAAGGAUUCUAAACUUCGCCAAAUAGUUACGCUCGGAUCACAGGAUACCCUAGAGGAAAAAACUGUUACGAUUUGCCACGGUUGCGAUUUUGUAAAUGUAACAUUUGUAAAUUUUUGCUGUACCAAAAGGGAGAUUGCACAGCAAUGGUGUGACGGCAUUAUGCGAUUGGCUUACAGUUUAGCCCGACUGAAUGGUUCGGCUAACACAUUUCUACAGAAGGCGCGUACCAAACUCUGCCUGCAAGUGGACAAAAGUGGCAAAAUCCCAGUGAAGAACAUCAUCAAAAUGUUCGCUCAAAACAAGGAGGAUCGCAAGCGUGUGGAAAAAGCAUUAGACAUGAGUGGGCUACCGUCGGGGAAAAUAGAAACGUUGUCCAUGCCGAAGUUUCACUUUGAGGAUUUUUUCAAUUUGUACAAGAAUCUAACGCAGCGCUGUGAAGUCGAGAAAAUAUUCGAUGGCAUAGUUGGCAAUUCAAAACGCAAAUGUAUGUGUGUCGCACAGCUUGUAGAAUUUCUCAACAAAACUCAGCGUGAUCCACGGCUGAACGAGAUUUUAUAUCCUUACGCGAAUGCAGCUCGAGCCAAGGAGAUUAUACAGGAGUAUGAGCCAAACAAAUUUAACGCACAAAAGAAUCAGCUGAGUUUAGAUGGAUUCCUAAGGUACUUAAUGUCUGAUGACAACCCCAUUGUAGCGCCUGGCAAACUGGACUUGUGCGAUGAGAUGGACCAGCCAUUAUCCCAUUAUUUUGUAAACUCUUCGCACAACACAUACUUAACAGGGCAUCAGUUAACAGGCAAAUCUUCGGUGGAAAUUUAUCGUCAAUGUCUGUUGGCAGGAUGCAGAUGCGUAGAAUUGGAUUUUUGGAACGGCCGCACCGAUGAGCCAGUGAUUGUGCAUGGUUACACGUUGGUUCCUGAAAUUAAUGCAAAAGAUGCGCUAGAGGCGAUUGCUGAGAGCGCUUUCAAAACAUCGGAGUUUCCUGUUAUAUUAAGUUUUGAAAACCAUUGCAAUCCAAGGCAGCAGGCUAAAAUCGCCAACUACUGUCGGGAGAUAUUCGGUGAUAUGUUGUUAGAUAAGCCGCUAGAUUCUCAUCCGCUAGAGCCUAAUGUUGAUUUACCACCACCAUCAUUACUUAGGCGUAAAAUAAUAAUUAAAAACAAGCGAAAACACCAUCAUCAUCGUCAUAAGAAGGGAGGCGCAUCGGGAACCGUAACUCCUGCUGUAACAGUGACCAUCAAAUCGUCAACGACGAACUCAGUUGAUGCAUCCAUUAAAGCCUUAGCAAAUCAUCCCGUUAUUCCGUCUACCAUACAACAAAACGUCUCUGUACAGCGUGAGAAUGGAACAGCUGCUGCCGGCUCGGUUACAUCGACCCCACUUGUGACUGGUAAUGGCGAUAUUAACUGCGCAGUAUAUCCGCCACAACUUCAGCAAAUUCGUCAGAAUUCCAAGGAUAGUACUGGCUCUUCCGAUACGGAUAGCUCAAGCGAUGAUGAGUCUAUGCCAAAUGCGACACCCAAUCCUCCAGUUGACGUUGACCCAACAGCAGAAAAACCACAAAAGGAAACUGAAGCGGCCGCUGAGCUCUCAGCGUUGGUUAACUAUGUGGAACCAGUGCAUUUCUACACUUUUGAAAAUGCCGAAAAAAAAAAUAGGUGCUACGAAAUGUCUUCAUUUGAUGAAAAACAAGCCACUGCGCUGCUCAAAGAGCGCCCAAUCGAAUUUGUAAACUACAAUAAGCACCAGCUUUCCCGAGUUUACCCAACUGGUACCCGCUUCGAUAGUUCUAAUUUUAUGCCACAGCUCUUUUGGAAUGCCGGCUGCCAGCUAGUUGCUCUCAACUAUCAGACUUUAGAUUUAGCUAUGCAAUUGAAUUUGGGUAUCUUCGAGUACAAUGAUCGAUCGGGCUAUUUGUUGAAGCCAGAAUUUAUGCGACGCACCGAUCGGCGUCUGGACCCUUUCGCCGAGAGUACGGUUGAUGGGAUUAUUGCUGGUACUGUGUCUAUUACAGUAUUGUCUGGUCAAUUUUUAACGGAUAAGCGCGUUGGCACAUAUGUUGAGGUGGAUAUGUUUGGUCUGCCGGCUGAUACUGUGAGAAAGCGAUUUCGCACGCGAAUCGUGCGUGAUAAUGGUUUAAAUCCAGUUUUUGACGAGGAACCUUUUGUGUUCAAAAAGGUGGUGCUGCCCGAACUAGCCAACAUACGCAUCGCGGCCUAUGAAGAGGGAGGUAAAUUCCUUGGGCAUCGCGUUCUUCCCGUUAUUGGAUUGUGUCCUGGGUAUCGGCAUGUGAAUCUUCGAACCGAAUCGGGACAACCAAUAACACUUGCAUCCCUCUUUCUAUAUAUUGUGGUUAAAGACUAUGUGCCAGACGAUCUGUCCAAUUUCGCCGAAGCAUUAGCCAACCCGAUUAAAUAUCAAAGCGAACUGGAGAAGCGGGACAAACAAUUGGCAGUGUUGACCGAGGGUACCGAACUGAUAUCAUCAGAGGAGGAUAUAACAAGCUCAUUCGUUUUUGUACAAGUAGGUGGCCAGAAGAAAGAGCUACGUCCAGUUGAGUCUACGACAAUGAGCCCGAAGCAUCGAGCUAGCAUUACAGCCACUACCGCGAUCGGUGUAGAAGCAUCAUCACCACCUGAUCAAGAUAAUGCGGAUGCCAGAAACGCUGGUGGGCCAGGAUUCACACAUCAGCAUUCGCUAGAUUCAUCUGCUCAAACAUCUAUUCGGCAAGUGGAGUCGUUACAGUUCGAUGUAGGCUUGGUGUGUGCGGAUCCGCUGGAUAAGAUACUAGAUCACAAGAUGGUACGUGAAAAGCUGCUUGAGAUGGAAAAGAAGUUGGAGUCGCUGCGUAAAAAGCACGAUAAGGAAAAGAUCAAAAUUGUCAUACACAAGUCCAGUCCACUGGAUGGAAACAAAAGGCCAAUGUUCAACAUUGCCAGCAAACUGAAGAAACGGCUUAGCAAUAAGAGUCUCGAUAUUGGCAUUGAGGUGCCACCCUGUGUGCCAGAUAUUGCGGAUAUCAAUGAGGACUCAUCUGACGCAGCAGCUAGUAGUGGGGUAGAAAACUCAUCCCUGGGGUCACGCUCGCUACAAGAGCGAAUGCUUGCCUCGUGCCGGGAAAAUUUAUUACAGUACCGUUGUAUUCAGGAGAAAUACCAUGAGAUAAUCUAUGAGUUAGCGGACAAGGUUUUGCGUAAUUCACAGGCAAACCAAAUGAAACAAUUGAAAGUCUCCCUGGAUCGAGUAACCUCUGAGGUAAUGCAUCAGUUGCAGGAGGCGCGUCGAACCGAAGUGAAAAACUUGUCAUCCGUGCAUCGUGAUCGUGAUGAGUUGAUUAGAAUGAAGCGUGAAGUAGCCAGUUCGGUAGUGGAACGUGGUGUUGCAGAGCGGGUACGUUUAAAACAGACUUUCGAUAAACGUACCGAUGAUCUGCAAAAGCAACACGAAUUAGUGCGGAAUGCUCUGAUGGAACACCGGAACAAGGCCCAGCAAAUACUCGAAAAGGAAGCCGCAUCUCGUACCUGCAUUUCAAGCAAUGGAUUCUUAGUACUAUUCCAAGACUCCAGUAGCGCCAGUGGUGCAGCGGCAUCUAAAUCUGCUUUUAGUAAUAAUCGCUCACUGAACUCAAUUUGUGGAAAUACGAUUUCUCCGGCGCGUUUGAGUAACAGUAUAACGGAUAAUACCGGUGGCAGGAAUAAAGAUCAUUUGGAUAGCAGUGGAGUUGAAACUGAUGGUGAACCUUGUGCUGGAGCUGCGGCAAGCGUUUAAACCCCAGAUGUUUACAAUAAAACAGCAUGUACUCAAACAUACAAAAUUAAUCAAAAUCUAUAGCGGAUAAUUCUAUUGCAAAAGUAAUGUAUAAUGCAGUGCGGAAACUAAAUUAAAAAGAACAAAGAAAAUAUUUAAACUCAUGAAAUUUGAUGGGUAAACAUCUGUGUAUUCGACAAAGCAUUAUUCGAUUCAGUUACAUACAUCCUAUUUAUUUAGAAGCAUUUACUUAAUACCCUGAAACUAGGCAAAUUCAAAAAUAAAAUCAGCUGCUCAGCUACCAUUAUCUUGUGAAAA